AUGAUUACAGUCAUCGGAUCUCUUAACUACGAUUUGGUCACUUACACUGACCGUGUACCUGGAGGUGGAGAAACGUUUCAAGCCGAUGCCUUUGAAACUCAUAUCGGAGGUAAAGGACUUAACGAAGCCAUUGCAGUAGCUCGACUUACGGCAUCACAAGAUGGUGCAAAAGUCCAGCGAGUUCGGAUGAUUGGACGGGUAGGAGAUGAUGGGUUCGGGAAGGAAUUGAUAGACGCCUUGAAAGGAGACGGAGUUGAUACGACAUUUAUUGACUCUGUUCCAAACACCAAGAGUGGUGUAGCGGUGAUAUUAGUUGAAGCUGAGAGUGGAGAGAAUCGUAUAUUAAUAACCAGUGGAGCCAAUGGCACAUUGCAACCGACAAACUCCGAGUACGAACAGUAUUUUCCCCCGGAGAUAUGCGGAACGGAUCAUUAUGUUAUACUUCAAAAUGAAUAUCCAGACACUUUAAAAACCAUUGAAUGGUUGAAAGUUAAUCGACCAGCGGUUAACAUUUGUUAUAAUCCUUCACCAUUUAAGAAGGAAUGGGUUUCCAGUGUCGUUUUGGCAUCGAUAGAUUUAAUUAUUGUCAAUGAAGGUGAAGCAUCGGAUAUAGCUUCCGUUUUAGGACUACACCAUAAAGAAAACUGCGACAUUGCGACAUUGGCAGAAUUUUUACAAAGGGCAUUAGCACCAAACGGGAUAUCUACUGUCAUUAUAACUUUGGGAAGUAAGGGGUGUGUCUAUACCAAUAAGGACAUAUCACCGCCAUUGAAAGCAGACUCGGUCAAAGUAAGUCACGUGGUCGACACUACAGGAGCUGGUGAUACUUUCUUUGGAGGAGUAGUUCUGCAAUUGAGUCAAGCCAAAUGUUUACAUGAGGCAAUAACAUUUGCUACUAGAGCCAGUAGUUUGGCUAUUCAAAAGCAUGGAGCAGCAGAAAGUAUUCCGACAUUUGACGACAUUACUGAAGGACAUUUCAUUAAUUAG